GAAACGAUGCUUCCAAGGAAGACGGCAAAAAACAAGCACGAGGCUGAGAUGUGGAAUGUUCUGCUUUAAGAAAACGUGCACGGGCAAGUGCCGACGGCCUGAAGCAGCGAUGAGGAGGAGGAGGAGGCCGCCGUGAUUCACGGGCAACGCACCCUACAUCGGAUAAGCGAGGGCGGCGAAAGUUGCGGGAAGAGGAAGUGAGAGAGAAUCCCGCUCGACCUGAUGAGCAGAGUCAGUGCGUCCUGCCGCCAGCAUCUCUUUUGGAGCUGGAGGAGCGCAUCUCCAUGCAGAUGAGUCGCUACACGCAGGCGCCAUCAUGUCUGCUCAUGUGGGAUCAGGCUCCGCCCCCUCAAAGGAAUCCCAGGUAACCCCUCCGAAAAAAGACAAGAACAAGUCUGGGGGCAUGCUGGUGCGCCGUGGUUGCCACGACAACAAGUGACGUCAUCGGACAACCCCCCCUCCUCUUUCAAAACUUUGCUCUCGAGGCCCAGGGAGCGAGCGCAGCAUCCGCAACUUUAAAGGGCGAACUGACAAGAAAGCGACCCUGGAACUAUCGCGAGACUUUGAGCGAGGAAGAUGUUAUUUCGUGAUUCUACCACCAGAGGGCAGCAGAGACUGGCAGAGCAGGUGGCGGCGGUGGCGGAGGCGCGCGCUCCUGGAUGUACUCACCUACUCGCGUGUCUUUGCGUGGAAUGCACGCGCGCCCCCUCUGCGGCUGCGGCUGCUGCUGCUCGACUGCUGCUGCGUGACUCCGCGAGGAUGGGAGGAGGGAGCCUCGUCCUGGUGCUGGCGCUUCACUUCGUGUGGCUGCUGCACUCGGUGCUGGUCAGCUCCGCCCACUGCGACGCCGUCUUCAAAGGCUUAUCGGACUGUGUGCUGCAGCUAGGAGACAACAUGGCCAACUACCCCCAAGACCUGGACGAACAGCAGAAACUGCACAAGAUCUGCAACUACUGGGACGAUUUCCACUCCUGCGCCAGCACGGCGUUGGCCGACUGUCAGGAGGGCGCCACCGAACUUUGGGAGAAGCUCAAGAAGGAAUCUCGUAAUCUGGAUUUUCGCGGGAAUUUGUAUCAACUGUGCGGCGGGAACAACGGCGCCCCCAGGCGGGGGGCGUCCGGCGGCCUGGGGGCGCUACUGGCGGCGCUGCCCAGCGUGCUGACGUGGCUGGCCCUUUAAGACUCGCAAAAACAAAAAAAACACUCCGGAAAAGAAGGACACAAAUAAAGAAACCGAAUCAAGACCAAGCGCAAACUAGAAAAAGAUGGAUUCUCUUUGCCCUGGAGUUUGCCUUCCAGGCACAACGGCCCAUCGCCACAUCAGAAUGAUCGACCGCAACACUUGGAGGAAUUCCAAAAGUAUUCCAGUCAAACGGGAACGUUUGCUCACCAAGGUCUCCAUGACGACGCCUGGCAACCGCCGGCGCCAGGCAGAUCAGACGGAAUAUUGGGGUCUAUUCAAGGAUGCCGCGGUGAACGCCAUCAUCCGAACGGCGCCCAAAAAAAAAAAAGAAAGCCCGCCAUCACACCAAUUUUUUGCUUUUUGCACCAAAAUGUUGAGCCCCGCAACUUGACUUGCAAGGCUAACACGUGACAGACAGUAUUUGACUUUUAGCAGCUAACUUGCUAACCCGCGAGCUGAUUUUUUUUUUUUUUCUUUUGUUGUCGUUUGUUUGUGGUGGCAGACAGGAAGUGGGCGUUCAGCUUGUGGAUGGAUGUCGACCUGCAUGAUGUCGCUUGUCAACGCCUUUUAGGAAAUGAGCACAAACGGCGUGGUGUUAGCUUAGCGUGCUAGCAAAGCAACACUAAUCAACCAGGUGAAGCAAAGCAAUCAACGCCAGCUGCGCAAAUUAUCCAGUUUAUGAAUAAAACAUGUUUUAGUUUAGUCAGCUAACACUUUGAUUAGCAUUCAGGCAGCUAACAGUGAUUAGCUGUUGAUAUUAGCGCAUUUUUGUUGUUGGUUUUUUUUAGAGUUUUGUUCACGAGCAAACACUUUAGCCACAAAAAGACGUUCUAGCGCCAGCGUAGCUGAGUUAUUUAUUUAUUAUUAUUUUUUUUUUUAUACGUUUGUGCUCCUUUCCUGAAACCUUUGAGAAGUUUUCUUUGGAUGUACGUAGUAACGUUAGCGUUAGCCUUGUGUUGUAAACGCAGCAAAAAAAAAAAAAAAAACACACAAAGAGCAAUACGGCGACGUCACGGCCAGUGAAGUAGCUCCAAAAAAAAAACAC